CCCAGAUCCGCCAUUUCAGUCCCGGAGUUUGUAGUUGCACUUUAGUUUUGACUUUAUUUCUGACUCCUUUUAACGUGUUUGUGGAUACAGCAGAAGUCCCACCAACUAACAGCGACAUCAUACAUUACUCCUGGAAGUUUUGGUGUUGUGUAUAUUCUUGUUUUUCCAGGAGGAAACUGGUUAAUCCACGAAAGUUUUUGCAUGAGUUUCGGAUUUAUAGGCUGAGCAGGACCCGGGUUCGAAUCCUGCUCGCGGACGAAUUUUACUGCAUGUCAUCCAUUCUGUGAAUAAAAAGCACUGGUUGCAAAAAGAAGGAAUAAGGAAUAAAAGGCCUUAAAAGCCUCGGCGGGGAUUUUCACAGUCAUGGCGGGUAACUUUGACGCUGAGGACCGUGGGAGCUGGUUUUGGGGCAGAUUGAGCAGGCAGGAAGCCGUUUCUCUGCUCCAGGGAGGCCGGCAUGGCGUGUUUUUAGUCCGGGAAUCCAUCACCAGUCCGGGGGAUUACGUGCUGUCCGUGUCCGAAAACUCAAAAGUGUCCCAUUAUAUCAUCAACAGCAUCAGCAACAACCGGCAGUCUGGAUCAGGUUUGGCUCCUCCUCGGUUUCGGAUCGGCGACCAGGAGUUCGAGGCUCUUCCCGCCCUGCUGGAGUUUUACAAAAUCCACUAUCUGGACACCACCACGCUCAUAGAGCCCAUAAACAAAUCCAAACACACAGGGUUCGUCAGCGCGUCGGCCGGCCCUCCCGUUCUGUCCGACGAGGCCGAGUUCGUCCGGGCGCUUUUCGAUUUCCCCGGAAACGAUGACGAGGAUCUUCCUUUCAAAAAAGGUGACAUCUUGAGAGUUCUGGAAAAACCUGAAGAGCAAUGGUGGAACGCAGCGAACCAGGAAGGUCGUGCCGGGAUGAUUCCAGUCCCCUACGUUGAAAAGUACCGACCCGCCUCACCCACUGGUUCCAGUCCAGUUACUGGUGCUGCUGGAGGGGUUUCGGGCCCCACAGAUCCAUCGGGGGCCCCUUCAGGAAACCCCCCGGGGGAACCGGGUCCAUACGCUCAGCCCGUGGUGAACGCUCAGCUGCCCAAUCUACAGAACGGACCCGUUUUCGCCAGAGCGAUCCAGAAGAGAGUUCCCAACGCCUACGACAAGACGGCGCUCUCUUUGGAGGUGGGAGAUAUGGUGAAAGUGACCAAGAUCAACGUGAACGGUCAGUGGGAGGGAGAGUGUAAAGGCAAGCGAGGCCAUUUCCCUUUCACACACGUCCGACUGCUGGAACUAAACAACCCCGAGGACGAGAGCUGAGAAACACACACACACUCACACACACACACACACACACACCAUCCUCUGGUUCUUAUGUCACGCUCUGGAAACAUCUAACACACGACGUGACGGGAUGUCGUCGUUUUGAAGAGUUUACACUAAGGUGAGACUGAUAUCGGUUAGCAUAUGUUAGCUUAGCAUUGCACACUGCCCUCCGUUACCUGCCUCCUUGAAUACUUCCUACGAAAUAUGAAAUCAAAUACAUUUAAUGAAGCAUUUAUUGGUUUAGUAUUUAUUCUAAUGUUGAAUUCUUGAAAGAAAAACACGGUUAUUGUCAGUUGCGAAAUUAGCCUAGCUUAGCUUAAUGUUAGCAGUUAGCUUCUGAGUCGAGAGAAAAAAAGAAAACUACUUCCGAUUAAUUCAGAUUCUGCUUUGUUUAUGGACACUAUAUCUGGCGUAAAUGCUGUUAAAUCCUUUCUAGAGAAUCCUUAGAAACAUGGAUUUCUUCCAAAAUCCAUGUAUUUUAACAUUAAAACGGGAAUUAAACGCAGCAAUUUUACCGCACAAGAUGCCUAUUUUUAAUCCCAACUACCCGUUGGACAUCAUUUAUGAGACAAGGUCCAGUUGCAGUCUCGACUUAAAACACUCAUAAUUAAAGAUAUUUGUAUUAACAAUUUUUCCUUUUUAAAUCCUGAACCUAUCGGCCAGUGCGUUAAAAUCUAAAAAUGUAUAUAAUAUUAUUUCAAAACGGCUUUAUACGACCAACCCUGUAUUGAAGCUCCAUACAGAGAAUAAAUGCCAAAAAACUAGAUUAUUUUCUGCAAUAAUCCAAAAUCACAAGGGAACCAGGGAGAUGCUGCCUUCAGGGUCGGCUACAAAAAUAGGACAUCCCUACACCACCCUUAAAGCUGUGUGAACAGGAGGUAAGAUGCUAACAGAAGCUGCUAACGGUGAAACAACUGUUAUGAUUGGAAUAAAAGGAUAUAAGAGUGAAUAUAAGCCUGGAGAAUAGUUGUAAAAGAUAACAAUGUGCAUUAUUUAGCGUCAGUCGCCGAUAUCAGUCGAACCGUAUAGUUUCCACGCUGCAGCCCAGAACACACACUUCUUCUUCCCUUCCUGUGCUUUCCUGUAUCUCACUGAUCCACACAGAAGGGAAACCAUCAAGAGACAAAUCUCCUCACAGAAUCAAGUUCCUGUGAAACCUCGGAGUGAAAGACUUUUGGAAACUCCACCGACUUAUUUACAUCCCACACUACGAACAAAGUCCUCUUUUUUUUUUUUUUGUACUAAAAGUGGAAAAUAUUACGAUAGAAUUGACUCUAUAUAUACACACACCUUACAUGCUAAAUACUGUACUUUCCCUUCUCCUUUAUAUUUGAUUUUGUUACCAGAGACUGUUCACCUGUUAUUAUAUUCUUGUGAAACACUAUUCAGCGCCAACGUGGACGACUUUAAACGAGUAAGAAAACGCUUUGAAAAGAAAGCAGAGGCUGUUUUUAGAAGACGAGGAGGAGGAAGGUCGAGGGAUUUUAUUUUUGUCUUCCAGCAGGGUUUUUUAUGACAUUGCCACUCCACUUUGAAAACGUUAAACGCUUCAGCAUUUCUUUAUGUAUUCCUGGUGAGACGGCCACUUCAUGUCACAGGUUUUCUCAUCAUCUUAAUCCACAAUAACAUAAACACUCAAAGGCAAGAAAUGGUCUAUAACUGUAGGAAUGUGGUUCUCCUUAAUGUCAUGUUUGUUUAAUGCAAAAUGAGCAAAUACCAACUCUUAACCUUCCUGUUGUUAAUGUUGACCUGCUUUCAAUGUUUUUAUGUCCCAAUAAGGAGGUAUUUCAUCUAAUUGCCACACAUUAAGAAUCACUACUUUUUAUUGAAGUAUGUGUUUAUUUCAAUGUAUAGCAUCUGUGUCAUGAUGUGGCGGUGAAAACACAAUGACAGCAACACUUUAGUAAGAAAGAGGAUCAUCCUGUGGUCUCGUGUGUUUCCUACGAUGCAAUAAACUACAGUAGGAACGUAAUGAGUGAGUAACUUCAGCAGGGAGGAUCUUCAGAGUCCUCUCUACCUCAUGACUCGUGUUUCAAAAGAUGAGAUUUGAGUAGGGAUUUUACAGAAGAGGACGAGCGCCACAUGUGAUUUUUUAUUAUUUUUUUAAAUAUGAUUCAAAGUCAUUAAAAAAAAAAUUUGAUCUGAGAAACAAGAGAGUUCUGAGAUUUACAGAAAAUUCCGACUGUUGCUCAUAAUUACGACUUUUUUUCUCAUAAUUACGAAAAAAAUUCUCAUCACGACUUUCUUCUUAGAAUCCCGACUUUUUUGCCCAGAAUCCCGACUUUCUUCGUAGAAUUCCGACUUUUUACCCAGAAUCCCGAUUUUCUUCGUGGAAUCCCGACUUUUUUUCCGUAAAAUCCCGAUUUUCUUCGUAGAAUCCCGACUUAUUUCUCAGAAUUCAGUUUUUAAUGUCAGAUUUUUUUUCAAUAAUUAUAAUUGUUGGUCAGAUCUCAAAAUGUCUUCCACAUGUGUUCCUUAUCCUCUUCUGUAGAAUUUGGAUAUGUCAGUAUUGUUUCCGUUUAAAUUAACAAAUGGUUUCCAAAGCCCUAAAGCAUUAAAUCCCUUUUAUCCUCAUUUCUAAAUGCUUAUGCAUAACAUCCACUCGUAUGUAAAGUAAACACUUCAUAGUUUACAUCAUCAAAUGUUUUUGUGACACCCUGCCAAGCUCCAUUUUGGGUUAAAAGCCAAUUUGACUCAGUGUGAAUGACCGUCAGUCUAUAGUAUAUAUUAUCUAUGCAUCAUGCAAUCAUCGGCACAUGUAUUCAUUUGAGUUCCUCUGGUGUGCUUUAUGUCCCCUGUAAAUUGCCCCAGCUGUAUUUUUUUUUAUAUACAACUGAUAUGUUUUAGUUCAAUUUUGCUGUUAUUUUUAAUUCCAUAGAAACAGAAUUGUGAUGAAAUCUGAAUAACACACAUAAAGAAAUGUCUGCAAUCUGACCUCGGAUAUAAUGAAAUCUAAUAUGUUUACAGUGUGUUUAUAAAUUGUGAAAGUUUCCCUCCAAAUUUAAGGAAAUUAUUUUUUGUACGCUUCAUUAAUGCCAUAUUUUUAUUACCGUGUUAUGUUAAUUAAGUAUUUGGGGUCUCAUCUGUGGGUCAUUUACAGCCCUGUGUGUAUUAAUAAACACAUGCAAUUGUUUCUAAUUCCCAAUAUUCCAUGUUUAUUUGCUAAGGCAGUAAAAAUAAUGAAAUCAUGGUUUUCCAGCUGUUAAUGUGCCGAUAAAAGUCUGAUAUGUGUGAAUGCAUUAUGGUUUAAAGGUGACCAGUUGACACUACAUGACCACAGUCUAAUAAUUAUGAAGUGUGCUGCUGCAGAUUUAGGAUGAAAUGGAAGAAAUCUGGUGUCCCAGAACAUGACGCUAUGUUUAGGAUCGUUUAAGCAUCCAGAAAUCAAACAAACUACAUUUGCAUAAUUUUACAUCAAAUGGAAAUGGAGUGAUAUAUAUUUCACUUGUGGUUUUUCCCACCAACUCCUCUCACUCCUCUCCCCCCAUUCCUCUCCUCUCACUCCUCUCCUCUCCACCAACUCCUCUCCCCCCCCACUCCCCUCCUCUUGUAUUGCAAAGUGUUUAAGGAAAUAAAUGAAACUGCAAUGUAAAAGUGUCUGCGUCAUUUGGAAAUUAAAACAACUUUUCUUUCUGUUUGUAUGUAUUUCUUGUAAUGCCUUUAUGCAAAGUGUUCAUCUGGUAUUGCAUCAGUAAUCGUUGCCUUUUUUGAUAAAAUAUUCUCCUUUUAGAGUCAUGGCAUUAUUGUAACUUGGCUGCACCGCUGCGGUUAAUUAAAGACCAAUGAAUACUUUAAUUGUAUUUUUAAAUACCACUGAUGAUCCUUCGAUGUGCACCUUAUCUCCUCUACAGCUCAAGAGUCUCGUCAAGCCAAAUCAUGUUUUUGUUUUUGCAUUGAAUAUAUAUUUUUGUGCCAUGUCACCCUCACUUUGACGAGGACCGGAACAAGCAGAAUAGGAUUUUCAAAAUAAGAGAGAUUGUACAAUGUGUCAAAAGUGUUAUGAAAAUAUAUUAUUUGAAGUUAAAAUGUACCUUUUUUAUUUUCUGUAGCAUGUAAUGUGUAAAUAUACCUAGUCAAUAAAAGUAUACCAAAUUGUCA